AUGGACAAAAUACUUAGUUCUCUAACUCAUGAUAAUCAAGAAUUCGAAAAGCAAUGGCCUGAUACUUUCCAAAAAAUUCAACGAAGUACUCAACAAAAUGCCCAGGAAAUUAAUCAGACUGUGAGUGCAUUUGCUGGUUAUAUACGUGCUGAAAAACAGAGUUCAACAAAAAGUUAUGGUAAAGAAGCAAUGAUCAAUGGUUUAACUAAACGCUUGCAUGAACAAAUGCAUGAUACUGGAAUAAAAAUGGAUGAUAUUCUAGAAACUUUAUUAGAUGUAUUUAUUAGUGUUCUCAGCGAUGAUAAUACAUCGUUGUUGAAUCUAUUAUUUUUAAAAGCAAUUUAUUCAAAUUUUCGAUUAGGCGAAUAUCUAUCCGAACAUCAGCCACAUUCUGCAAAACACGUUAAACGAAUAAUAACAUGUUUGAAAAAUAAUACAUUUAAAUUUAAUGUCAACAAUAAUGUCAACAAUUAUGAUGGAUGGCGAGAUUUUUUGUGUCGUUAUUUGUUUUCUCAACUAUCAAGUGAUAAAAAUAAAUUAGAUGAAAAUACAAUGCAAGAAUCAAGAAAUGAAUUUCAACAACUUUGUAGGACCGCACUCGAGAAUGCUAAAAGUGAACGGCAUGAUAUAUGGUAUGAUUUGGCUCGCACAAUAAUUACUUGUUUUCCAACUUUAUUUGACAGUUACGAUCCAUUAACCGCCUCUAAAAUUGACUUAACACUUUCUGUACAAUUAGCUUCCAAUUCCAAUGAAUUGAAACAUCUUUUACGUGAUUAUGUUAGAAUAUUUGUAAAAUCAUACGAGAAAAAUCCAGAUUUAUUCAAAGAAAAUUAUGAUCAAAUUUUAUCAGCAAUUCAUGAUCUCAUACUAUCAGAUUUCACAAUUGAAACUGUAGAAUUGGCGAGAAUAUUUUCUAAUUUAGUUAUUCAUUAUUUUUCACCGUCUGAUUUUGUUCCUAUAGAAUCACUUGUAAAAAUGUUGAAUAAUGUUUGUCAAAAAGUAGUAGAAAAAAAUCCGGAUCAACAAUGGAAAGAUAAUUUAUGUUCAGAUAUAAUUAAAAAUUUCAUUUAUAAACUUAAGGAUGUCAAAUUGAAAAAACUUUCCUUACAAUAUUUUGAUUUAAUUAUUUCAAUUGUUAAGUUACACACUCUUCAAGCACCUGAAUGUGGCUAUCGUAUACUGAGUAAAGAAGAAUUUUAUCCGUGGAAAGAUUUAGUGUCAAAUAAAAUACCAGAAUUAAUUCAAGCAUGUGUUUCAUAUGACACGUUUGAUGUUAAAAAUUUAACAUGGAAUGUAUGUACAGCAUUAGAUUCGCUUGAAGAUAUACUAUCAUUACUUGAAAAAAGAGGUCAAGCACAACCGGUUCUUUUCAAAUAUAGUCAUCCAAUCGCAUUAACUUAUAUUCAAAAAUGGUCAAGUCAAGAGCCAAAUGAAUUACCAGAUCACGUCUGUAAAAUGGGUACACCCUUAAUGGAUCUAAUAGAUCCAUCACAAAUAGAUAUAUCUGUCUUGAUAACAUCAGUCGAUCUUCUAAUUAAAAGAGUAGCUGAUGACGAAUCUGAUAUAAAAGGACAUUUAUUUGGAUACUAUAUGCAUUAUGUCAAAAAUAUUGGUGAUUAUCUAUCAAAACAAAAAUCGAUUCCAACACUAUUACAUGAAAAGUUAUCUCAAUUUUGUCGUUUAGCUCUAGAUCAGUCACUAAUGACAGAGACGGGUUGUAUGACAUUUCCAUAUGGUGGUUUAACCAACAUUUGGGUUAAGAUUCCGUUAUUAGUAGAAACAGAAGAGAAUGCUAAAUUAUAUGUUGAAUGUACCGAUGUGAUGCGUGAACGAAGUGAAGAUACGAAAGAUUUAUAUCUUAUGUGGUAUUUCUUUUGGUCUUUAAUUGCAACAAAAUAUCUCGACUUGGCUAGUACACGUAUUGAACAAUUUUUAAACGAUUUUAUAAACGACAAACAAAUGACUAUGCAAACAAUUCUUAAUUCUUUAUAUACCAGAUGUCCUGAUUCAUAUCAUUCACGUGUUAGUACUAUAAUUAGUGAAAUGUUUGUUAACAACGGUCAGUAUGUGAGUUCAUUUAACUCUAUAUUAGGCUUGAUUACAAGAGAACAUCCAGAAAUCAUUACUGGGGAAAACAUUGAUCAAUUAUUUAACGAAAUUAAAAAGCGUUCAAUAAAAGAAGUUGAAAAUUUAUAUACAUCGUUGACUUCCAUCGCUAGUACACAACCCGAUUUGUUUUCAAAACAUCAAGAUUAUUUGUUAACAAUAUCAAAAGAGCAAACAAAUACCGAAGUGUUUCGUUGCUUAAAUGGAUAUUUAUUAGCUCACGCAAUUCAAGAUGAAAAUAAGGCAGAUGAAAGUGUCAAAAUAUUCACUGAUUUGUUAGAACAAAAAACAACAACAAAUGAUAUGAGAAAAUUAAUAUUUCAUCAGCUACAAUUGAUCGGUAUGCGAUAUAAAAAUAUUAUAAAACCCUAUCGACAAUUAUUAAUAAAAUAUGAAAAAGAAAAUACGUGUCGAAUAUUAAUUGAUUUAAUUGAUGGUAAAAGUCUCGAAGAAUACUCGGAUACAAUAAAAAAUGCUACACAAGAAAUAGCAGAAUAUGAAAAGCGAAUUAAAAAAACCGAAAAAGAUAUGAUACAUGUUAAAAAUGUUGUAAAAAAACAGGAAUUAAAAGUAACGAAUCUCAAUGAAAAAGUAAAUGUUGUUGAUACAAAACUGACAGAUGUAACUGGAAGAGUGAAUGUACAUGAACAAGAAAUUGAACGUAUAGACAAAAAAACAUUAAGUCAUGUACCAACUUGGGGUCGAAAUGUAACAAAAUUAUUAAAUAGUAAAACUGAUAAUGAUUGGCGUUUACUUGGAAAACGUUUAGGUUAUUCAUCCAGUGAAUUAAAACAUUGGGCAACUCAAUCUGAUCCAUGCAUGGCAUUGUUGAAUGAAUGGUAUAUUACACAUAAAAGUGAUGAAGCUACGUAUGGUUUAGUUAAAAUUCUUAAAGAUAUUGGACGCACAGAUGCUGAAAAGAUUAUACGAAAUGCAACGAAAGAAGCGGGAGAAUCGAUACCAGAUGAUAUGAACAUUGACAUUAAAAGAUUACCACCUGUAUUUAUUAGUUAUCAAUGGACACACCAGAAAGAAGUUUCUCUGUUAAAAUCACAUUUAGAAAUGGCAGGUUAUGAAUGUUGGAUGGAUGUGGGACAGAUGGGAGGAGGAGAUAAAUUGUUUAAAAAAAUUGAUACUGGCAUUCGUGGUGCAAAAGUAGUUUUAUGUUGUGUUAAUAAGCAAUAUGCACAAUCGGAUAAUUGUUGUCGAGAAGUCAAUUUAUCUGUGACGAUUGAUAAACCUAUCAUUCCGUUACAGAUGGAAAAACAAACAUGGCCACCCGAGGGUUCAUUGGGACCUAUAAUGUCUGAAUAUGUAUUUAUACGAUUUUUUAAUCGAGAUAAUAAACAAACCAAUAGUGAUGUUUAUUGGCCUAAUGAUAAAUUCAAUGAACUAUUAGGACAAAUUCGCUAUUAUGUAGCACCAAAUCCAGACAUGAUUAAUGAACGAUAUAAAAAUUGGUUUGUACCAAAAGUCGAUAAUUUAAUAUUUUUACAACCAACCAAUAGUCAGACGACAAAACCAUUACCAAAAUCAGAAAAAGAGAAGAAUAAAGAGCCGAAAAUAGAUCUAAACGAUGUUCCAAUAGUGAUUUCACAUCCACAAAUAAUGAUCUCCUACCAAUGGGGUCGGCAGAAAGAUAUUUUAGACCUAUACAAAAAGUUAACCGUAGUUGGCUACCGUUGUUGGUUAGAUAUUUUUCAGAUGGGUGGUGGUGACAGUUUAUAUGAGAAAAUAGAUCAAGGUAUUCGAAAUGCAAAAGUUAUUCUCUCUUGUAUAACACCCAAAUAUAUCAUAUCUGCGAAUUGUCGACGUGAAAUGUCACUGUCCGAUGCAUUAAAAAAGCCUAUUAUACCACUGCUACUUGACAGUACUCCGUGGCCUCCUCCUGGACCAAUGUCACUAGUUUUUACUGAAAAACGCUACAUUAAUUUUUGUCCAUCGAAUGAUGACAUGAUUCAUUGGAGUGGUAAAAAUUUUGAACAACUGUUAAUGAAACUUGAACAAAACAUUCCAGAAAUAAUGAUUGAAAAACCAGUAAAUCUAAUUAAUAUGAAACGACCAAUCUCAGCAAGCGUGAAAAAUGUUAUCACAACUACUGAACAGCAAAACCAAGAUAAUACAACGGUCGCAAGAACAAAAAGAAUUGGUAGUGCACCUAUUAUACAAAAAAGUCGUGCUUGUUGCCUAAUUGUGGGCGUUGCAAAUGACAAUAACUCAUCUUGUUUAUCGUCGUCAAACAAUGCUGCCCUCGGUACAACAAUGUCUCCUCAAUUAUCAUUGUCUAACGAACAUUUCGUUCCAUUGUGGCCAUUAGACGAAGAAGACGAUGAGAACAACAACAGUCUUAUUCUACCGAAUAAUAAUUAUCAUUUGAAAAAUGAUGAAUGGUUAUCAAGCGACAUUAAUAAUGGUUUCAUUCGUUUAUAUGAUCCAACUCUGUGUGGUAAUAACAAUUCUCAACGAUCAAAAUUAAUUCCGUGUACAAUCUGGACAACAGUUGAACAAAUCUAUUCUCGACUGAGUCGUCAGUUGAAUAGUCAAACAUGGUAUGUCCAGUAUAAUGGAGGAAGAUUAAAACAUUUGAACUCGUAUGAUAAACCAUUAUUUAUUCAAUAUGAAUAUUUGUUAUCGAUUGGCUUCAACAAUGUUAAACGAAUACAGCAAGAAGGACAAAAACAUGAUCUGAAAUAUUUAAUAAGAUUUUUGACAGACGAUGACGCAAAUCCAUUUGUUGUUGAGUUAACUCGUGCCAAUGUUGAAGAAGUUCGUUUAAAAGAUAAACUUUUUUGUUUGAAACUAUCGAUCGAUGGUCAUGGAUCUUUGUUUAUGGCAUUAAAUAAUGAUGAAGAAUAUAGUCAAUGGUUAAAACGCAUGCGAAAAACAACGAACAAACUGCCAGACAUAGCGGAUUAUUCAUCCAGUCAUUUAGAAUUAAUACCAAAAGAUUUAUUUAUGAAUCAAACAUUAUCCGUACUAAAUCUUCGACAUAAUAAUAUAAGAAUGAGACCAACAGAAGCAGAUCAGUAUACUGUAGGCAUGCUGGUUGGACGAUUUAUUUGUGAUUUACAUCGAUUAUUUGAACUUAAUUUGACUAGUAAUCGAAUAACAACAAUCCCAGCUGAAAUUGAAAAGUUGCAAUGUUUAGAGCUACUUCAUUUACAAAAUAAUUGUAUUUCUAUGUUACCGGUUGAAAUAGAAAAUUUGAAACGUUUAAGAGAUAUUACAUUGGCAUUCAAUCAUUUCAAAGAGAUUCCAAUAUCUUUAACAAAAUUAACUGAUAUUCGUUGUUCGGAUGUCACAGCAUUGUUUCUAGCUGGAAAUCAUAUCAAAAAGAUCAAUGUACAAGUAGUCAAACAUCUUGAAUAUUGUCGUCACAUUGAUCUUCGUAUGAAUUCGUUAAAACUCAAUGAUAAUGAACAAUUAUUGAUAAAUAAUUUAAUUCAUUUGACUCAUCUCGAUUUAUCGAAUAAUCAGAUAUUUACCCUUGAUUUAAGAUCAUUAAUUGCAUUAGAACAUCUAAGAUGUUCAAGAAAUCGAAUAGAACAGCUAAUUCUAGCUGGACAUUCAUUAAGACGAAUUCAUGCAUCUCACAAUACUCGUUCGUAUUUACGUUUAGAUUUAUCAUCAUAUUGGCUAUUUUUAUUCUAUUUGUUUAGAAAUGAUUUUCAUAGUUUACCAGAAUGGUUAAAUGACGAAAAUGACUCAUUAGAACGUCUUAUUGCUAAUCAUAAUCGCCUUACUUUGUUACCGAACAAAUUUUUUACGUCCAAUAAACAGUUACGUUAUGUUCGUCUUGAUCAUAAUUAUUUACUUUGUUUACCUGAUCGAGCAACAAAUAGUUGUAUUGAAACAUUAUUAUUACAUCAUAAUAGAAUCGAACAAUUACCACUUAAUAUGUUGAAACAUAUGCACAGACUUCGUAUAUUGAAUUUGAGCAACAAUCAAUUGUCCUCGUUACCUGCGGCAAAUGAUCGAUCUGAUUUAAACAAGUUACAAGAAAUUUAUUUAACAUGCAACGAUCUGAACGAUGAUAUCUAUCAUACAUUAUCUUGUUAUGAAAGAUUAAAAAUCCUACAUUUAGCUUAUAAUCAUUUAGAACAUAUUAAUGAAAGUGCAAUAUCGAAAUUGAUAUCAUUAACCGAGUUAAAUUUAUCCGGUAAUUCAUUGCAAAUAUUGCCGAUGGAUGGGUUGAAUAAAAUGGAAAAUUUAGAAAUAUUAUGUGUACAUUCAAAUCAAUUAAAAAUAAUACCAGAUUUUCGUAAAUUAAAACUUUUAAAAGUAAUUGAUUUAAGUUUCAAUCAAAUCAAAAUCAAUACAAUCGAAAAUCUGUUUCCACCAUCGUUAACUGUUCUCGAUCUAGCGUGUAAUCAAGAAAUAAAUAUUGAAAAACAAAUUCUAGAGAAUUUAAGCAACAAGACUGUAUCACUUGUGAAUGUCUCAGCAUUACCACUCGUGUUGAAUAAUAAUUUUAACUCUUCACUAUGGUCUGUUGGAUUUGCACAAAGUUCCGGUAUAAGAAAUAGACUUUCAAUAACAACCGUAAACGAAACAAAUUUUCAUUAUUCAUCUCAUGAAGCCUUAUUUGCUAUGUUUGAUGGUGGUCAUAAUAAUGAAGUACCAUCAAUUUUACAAAAUAAAUUGCCAGACAUCUUACAAAAUGAAUAUGAACAAUGUGAACAGUCAAAUAUUUAUUUGAAAUAUACAUUUCUCGCAUUACAAAAACGCUUGAAAACGACUGGUCAACGUUUAGGUGCUGCAGCCACAGUUAUUCAUAUUCGUCCAUUAUCUCGUGAUUUAUCAAAUGAUAAUACAAACAUCAACAAUAAUAACAGUAAUCGUAGUCAUUAUUCCUCGACAACAACUUCUUCGACUGUUUCUUCGUCUUCCAUAUCAAAUGAUUGUCGUUUCGAACUAAAUGUAGCUAAUGUUGGUCAUUGUGAAGCGUUUUUAUGUCGUUCGGGUGUGGUACAUCCAUUAACUCGACGUUUUACAUUACCAAAUGAUAAAAUUGAAUAUAAACGGAUUCGAAAAACAAAUAUAAUUAUUAACGAAGAUAAUAUGAUAAAUGCAGUUACGUCUCAAACUCGAAUGCUUGGUUGUACAUUUUUAUAUCCUGCUAUUGUACCUAAUCCCGAUAUAUCAUCAUUUGUACUGGGAAAAACGGAUGAAUUUUUUAUUAUUGCGAAUAAUUUAUUAUGGCAGUACUUAUCGCAUGAUGAAGCCGUACGAGAAAUUCGCCAAAUUUCAAAUCCAAUAUCAGCAUCGAAACGUCUUAUAGAUUUGGCUCAGAGUUACGGUGCAAAAGAGAAUUUAACUGUUUUGAUUGUUCGAUUUCAUUUUGAUAAAUAUCAGCUUCAAAAAACAUCAUCAGCAAGGUUUUAUGAUCAGUUACAACAACAGCAACCAUUGCAAAGAGAACGCAGAACAUAUUCAACUAGUUCAAGUAAGAAGAACAAAAAGAUUUAUGGAUAACUUCAUCGAGCGUUUUCUAUAUCUACAGUCAAGCUAAAAAUUCAGAUUCAUUAUAGAAAGAUUUGGUUGGGGUUUGACUAUCUGUAACAAAAGUAUUCGUUUCGGUGACAACAGCUGAGUUUUCAGUCUUUACAAUGUUACGAUUUUUCGUUUUUCUCUAACCAAUGGUCUGAUACAGAAAUUUGUCACAUAAUCGUGUUCUCGAUCAUGAGUAACAGCGUAGUAUAUGAUCGAAGAAAGUGUACAGAAGAUAGUUAUCGGCCUGUGAUCAAAAAAGAGAUGUUCAAAGAAAAUUUCUCGCGAUGACUUUAAACUAGGAUAACAGUUAAAAUCUUUUUUCAUUAUCUUAGUAAAACUCUUCCCAGAAUGAUCUUCUGCGUUGUCUGGUGAGACGAAUUCUGAGAGAUGACCUUCUAUUUCAAUAAUUGUUUUAACGGCAAAAAGUGUUUCCUACAGCAACGGUGGUACAGUUGCAAUAUUUCACCCAUAUUUUACUGUUUUCGAAA